AUGACCUUCUUACCAAAGCCAAGUUGUGCAUCUUCUUUGUUAAGGUUCCGACGGUUAUACUCAUUUAUUGGGAAGCAGCCAAUUUUGGUUGACGCCAGUGUUAAGAUCGAGAUUUCUCCCAUUAUUGACGACUCUUCUAAAACUUUCAAGCGCACCGAGUAUGCUACCUUGGUAAGAAUGGACGGCCCUCUUGGUGCUGUGUCCUUCCCAAUAGUAAAAGGACUGGUCGUUAGUCACAAGUUGAACACAAAUUCGGAUCCUACUCUAGCUGCAAGUGCAGAUACACUUUCCACCGACUCUUCACGCGAACAAGAGCUUUUUGUGUCUCUGGAUCUUGACAGAUCUCUCUCUGGACAAAAGGUGACGAAAUACCAAGAAAAAUUUGUAAAGUCCAUGUGGGGAACUACGCAAAAGCUCCUGUCCAAUUUUGCCAUCGGAAUCACAGAGGUUGGAUAUUCUCAUUUCACACAAAUACCAAUACCUGCCGGCAUUUCUGCAGGUUGCACCUCGCCCACUAGAAUCGAGAUGAAAGGCGUGGAUAAGCAGCAGCUUCAUAUUUUUGCGGCCAAACUUCGGUCAAUUCGUAAGCCAGAACCAUACAAGGGAAAAGGGAUUUUUUUUUUGAUGUCCUCCCCUAGCGUAAUUUCUGAAUCAAAAGUUUCAUCUCUAAUUUCGUCGCUCAUAGCCCCAAAGGAGCGAGAUCACUCCCUCUUAGAGUUGAGCAAGAUACGGGAGUCAUAUGAACCCCUUCCAUUUCUCCUCUGGUCGAACCCGGCUGUGGUUUCGGUUCUCCUUUUUGAGGUUAUAUCGAUAUACCCCCUUUUGAAUCAGUCAACCCUUGCAGCAGCAAUAUCGACCCGCGUUUGUAACGCGCUUGCCCUGAUGCAAUGUCUUGCUUCUCAUUCAGAAACAAGAAUAAAAUUUAUCCAGGCCCAACUGCCACUCUAUUUAUAUCCGAUUCUGUCUUCGACCUCUCGGUCGCGUCCAUUCGAGUAUUUGCGACUGACGUCGCUUGGUAUCAUUGGAGCAUUGGUAAAGCACGACUCUUCGGAUGUUAUUAAGUUCCUUAUUAACACGGAGGCCAUUCCGAUCUGUUUGCGAAUUAUGGAGACCGGAAAUGAGCUUUGCAAGACAGUUGCUAUCUUCAUCAUUCAAAAAACUCUCUUGGACGAGUAUGGCCUAUCUUUUCUUUGCCAGUCCUAUGACCACCUGUACCUGCUAAUAUCUGUACUAAAUGUCAUAACGGUCCAACUUGUGGAAAUGCCAUCGACUCGUCUACUGAAGCACGUUGUUAGAUGUUAUUUACGGCUAUCAGAAAAUCCAAAGUAA